UUUAAAAGGGGAGGAGGAGGAUCCCUAAAUUUAGCAAGUAAGAUUACCUGGUCCUCCCUUUACAACUCUCCAACACAAUACAAUCUUCCUGGUCUCCCCUUCUACCACUAGCAACCACACUCAUCUAGGAUCCUUUUUCUAUCCCUUUUUAUCAACAAUGGAGGCCAAAAACCAAGAUGGGUAUUCAAUAACCAUACCACUCCUAUGUGAUGAGGAUGGUGUGAAGCUUGGUCACAAUGAACAGAUUGCUCAGAAUCACAAUACAGGGACAACCUCCUUUUUCAAGACUUUUUUCAAUGGACUCAAUGCUCUCUCAGGAGUUGGGAUAUUGUCAGUUCCAUAUGCGCUAUCAUCAGGGGGGUGGCUAAGCUUGAUAUUUCUUUUUGCCAUUGCCUUUGCAACCUUCUAUACAGGCUUGCUAAUUAAAAAAUGUAUGGAUGUGGAUCCAAAUAUCAGAAGUUAUCCUGACAUUGGCGAGCGAGCAUUUGGGAGCAAAGGUAGAUUGAUUGUAUCAAUUUUUAUGAACACGGAGCUCUACCUAGUCGCGACAGGGUUCUUGAUUCUAGAAGGGGAUAAUCUACAUAAUAUAUUACCGGAUAUGGGAUUCGAAAUUGGUGGGAUACAAAUUGGUGGAAAACAGAGCUUUGUUAUGAUUGUUGGACUUAUUGUAUUGCCUACAGUUUGGUUAAACAACAUGAACAUACUAUCUUAUAUCUCUGCUAGUGGAGUUCUUGCUUCUAUUAUCAUCCUUGGUUCAAUUUUGUGGAUUGGUGCAUUUGAUGGCAUUGGUUUUAAGGAAAAGGGAACAACUCUAAAUUUGAAGGGACUCCCAACUGCUAUUAGCUUAUAUGCUUUCUGUUACUGUGCUCAUCCCGUUUUUCCAACCCUUUACACUUCCAUGAAAAACAAACAGCAAUUCUCGAAGGUUUUAUUGCUAUGUUUUGUUUUCUGUACCAUUAGUUACACGUCAAUGGCAGUUAUAGGGUAUGGAAUGUUUGGUUCAGAGGUUCAGUCACAGAUAACUUUAGAUCUUCCAAUCGAAAAACUUAGCUCGAGAGUGGCAAUAUACACCACACUGAUCAACCCCAUCUCUAAGUUUGCAUUAAUGGUAACACCACUUGUGAAUGCUGCUGAGAAUCAGUUUCGAAAUUACUGCCAAAAAAGAUCAUUUAGCUUCUUGAUCAAGACCACGUUGGUAAUCAGCACCAUUGUUGUAGCCUUGGCGGUUCCCUUUUUCGGAUAUCUCAUGUCGCUUGUGGGAGCUUUUCUAAGUGUUACAGCAUCCAUUUUAUUGCCAUGCUUGUGCUACUUGAAGAUCUACAGGAUUUACAGGAGCCCUGGAUUUGAAUUGGUGGUCAUACUGUGCAUCAUCUUACUGGGUGUAUCCACUGCAAUUAUUGGUACUUACACGUCUUUGGUAGAAAUAAUAGGACAUUUGUAAUUUGUAAUGUUUGAAAUAAUGAAUUUUGAAGUUAGUUUUACUUUUAUUAAUAUCUUCUGUGUUUUCUUUUUCUUUC